AAGACACAUAGAGAUAGAAAAAACAAUACAGAAAAACAAAUCUGACCGUUCUUACAUACGCUAGUUCUUGUAUCCAAUUCUGGGUCAGAGAAAAAAAAAAACUGACUUAUAUCUAACUUAUGUUAUUAGAUUUUUCAUUUUGGUUUUUGUUUCUUGUUUCUUAUACCAAAGAUCUACUAGUUUAAAAGUUUCUUUUAAAUUUUGUCUAUACUUUCAUGAAAUUUUCUCAUACUUCUUGAUCUAUAUAUUUUGAUAGAUAAGAUUUUCAACUGGUACAGCUUUUUUUUUAUAAAACAAGUUUCAGGCUAUUGAUCUAGUUAUUAUAAGAUCAACGCCUCCUUUUUGUUUAUUAUCUUUGUUGAAAUUUUGAGAUCUUUUGUUUAGCUUCUGUAAAUCAAAACCAGUGUAACUAUGGAGGCAGUUCUGGUACCAUAUUCACCAGACCAACCAAUCUCUCCCUACAAGUAUAACAAGCAAAUCAAAACCUCACCGAAGAAAAGUCCUCGAGCUUUCAUUUCCAAGCCCUCAGAAAUCCGUGGUGGUCUCUUACACCACCCUUCUCUCUCGUUUUCUUAUCCAUCCUCAGCUCCACUCUUUAACCAAUCAUAUCUGCAACAACAACAACAACAACCACCUCUUCUUCCUCUACCAAACCCCAUAACACACCAAUCUCUCCCUUCUCGAACUCGAGGCCUCUCUUCUCCUCCUACACGAAAGCCCAACAAACCCAGAGACCAGUCUCUCACACCAAAGAAAUCAAAACCCACAAAGAGAGAAGACCCAAAGCAAGAUUUGAAAACAACUACACAUGCUCUUUCUCAGUGUUUGAUCAUAGCUUCCACCAAGCGCUUAGGUCCAGACCCGAAUGAUCUACCAAAGGAUGUGUCUCGGGUUUUAUCAUCGGUGCCUGGAGGAGGUAAGAGUUUUGGUAAGGUGGUGGGUGCAGAAGAGUUUGAAAAAUUUUCAGGUUCAGUAUUUAGUCUAGCUCCACCUCCGAGUAGCUUGCCACUGCCAAAGUUUUCUUUGAGGCCAAAGCUUAGGUGCAACGUUGAGGCAUCCGCCGGAAUAGAUGCCGGAGCCACUGACAAUCUCCGUCGACUGUUAAGGCUCCAUUGAAGUUGGAAACUUUUUGUUACGAUUGUGUGAUUGGUGAUGAUAAUAUUAUAUUAUGGUAUUUGGUGUUUUGUGUAAAUAAAAGGCAUCAGCAAUAUGGGUAGCUUUGCUGUUUGUGGUGUAAUCUUCUUUUUUUUCUUUUUUAGAUUCUAUUUGUGAUCACCACCUGUGUUUUUGAAUUGGGGUGCACAAAUAUAGAACUAUUAAUUAGUACGGGUCCCUGGGAAGUACGGGUUAUCUCUUUGUAGUUUUUUUCUCUUUUGGAUUCUGUUUUCUUUUCUUUUGUUUGGUUGAUUCUCCACAUGAUAUGUACUUUUUGUUUCUUGGCCUGAAAUAAAAUUCUGUAUUUCAUAUA